AUGGUCUUUCAAGCCUUUCUGAAUUUUCUGGUGUUCAAGACGCUCUCAGCUGAGCGUCUUCCAGCGUUCCGGGACGAGAGCCUGCAGACCAUUUCGGUGGCCGCAAGAACCAAAGAAAGUCCGACUUCCAGCCUGCUCAGCGUCGCAGAGCAAGCCCUGGGCAGGGCACCCAAUAGCUCAGAUGAAGAUCUGCUGGAUGCGCUGUGGCAACAGGACUUUGGAGAAGAGCAUUUUGGAUCCCACGACUUUGGCCACCACGACAGAGUCAACGACAGAAAUCGCUUGCGGAAAAACCUCUACUGGGAGGACCUGCCCAAUGAGUACAAGAUGUACAAGGACAACUCACCCCAUGAUGAGCAUGACUGCGGGCCCGAGGGUUUGCUUCAUCUCAAUGGCUCGUUCCACAUUUUUCGGAAGCUGGUUCUCUUCAACUGCCGCAAAGUCGUGGCAGAUGGGGCUGAAGUGAAGCUGGAACAGACCCUGCAGUUUGAAUCUGACGUGGAGAUCGAGGGACGCCUUUCUAUCCUUGGGACCGAGGGAGUCAUGUGCUUCCGGGUGCUGGGACACCUUCGAGUUUCAGGUUCAAUGUCUUUCCGGAACUGCCACGGUCCCAGGCAAAAGGUUGCCAGUUAUUUUUCCGGAGGUGCCAUCCACAGCCGUAACAUCACCAUUUCCAACGCUGGAAGUUUGAGGAUCCAAAACUGCAGUUCUGAGAAUGGGGGGGCGUUUUUGCUCUCAGCUUGCAGCUAUAUGGUUCUGCAGACUUUCUGGACUGCAGCUCCCGCUACCAUGGGGGCGGGAUCUGCGUCGAUGUGCUCCAGGUCUUCACAAAAUCCAGUUUGA